AAAGGGGAAGUGGCCUGCUAGAUCUAACCUGAUAGAAAUUAAUAGAGAUGACGAAAUCCAAAAGUAAAAAGAAGCUAUUUACCCAACCCGGGAUGAAUCUUCAGAUUCUAAAAUAGUGGAGUCCGUCACGACUGAGACAUAUGCAAAACAUAAUGUGGCUCUAUCUUUGAAACCCUAGAGUGCAGAUUGAUGGUUGGUUUGGAGGAUGACAUAACACAAACUGCGGAACACAGUAGUGCAGAAUCAAGGGAAGAAGAAGAUAUGAAGUUUGUUGAUGUUUUGCCUCAUGUUAUAGAGUCUGAAAAUGAGGAAGAGACUGAAGAUCAAUGGUCUCCCGACAUGGUGUUCGCAAUGGAUUUCUCAUAAUAUUCAGAAGUUCAGCAAAUCAAUGGGGAUUUCUAUGAAAACACUUUUUAACAGCUGCAAGCCUGCAAUGGCUAAUUCAAUCACAAGCAGUACUACCCUCACCAUUCCAAAACCUCCGCUUUACCUCCCUCCUCUAACCUCAUUAUUCCACGUUUCUCCUUCAUCCACCAGGCGAUUCCAUCUUAACACUGUCGCGCCUGUUGCCUCCUCCUCCAUUCCACCCCUACAUGAAAUCAAUAAUCAACCCUGCCACUGGGCCUUGGAUUCCUGGAAGUCCAAGCGCGCUCAACAGCUCCCGGAUUACCCAGACUUGGUUGGGCUGGAGUCGGUUCUCAGCACAAUCGCUUCGUUCCCGCCGAUUGUUUUCGCCGGAGAGGCGCGAAAGCUGGAGGAGAGGCUCGCGGAGGCUGCUGUCGGGAAGGCGUUUCUACUUCAAGGCGGGGAUUGCGCGGAGAGCUUCAAGGAAUUCAAUGGGACUAAUAUUAGAGAUACUUUCCGAGUUUUGCUCCAGAUGGGGGUUGUUCUCACUUUUGGUGCCCAAAUGCCAAUUAUCAAGACAAUUUAACAACCUAUUCUUUUGGAGGUCUUUUUGGAGAAAACUUGCGGUGAAAUUUCAAUUUCAACCAUUCACAAUUGAUGGGCAAAAGAGGUGAUAAAGAGGAGCCUUGGUAGCUUGUUAAGUUGUACUGUGUUUCUUUCUCAUGCUGAAUUUGCCUACAAUAAUUCUGUUAAUUGCACCACUGGAAGGACUCCAUUUGAGGCUGUACAAAGCUCAGCAUGUAUUUGACCUUGUUCUAUUUCCAUCUGGAGCUCCAGUUAGUGAAGAUGCAAUACAUGAUGAGGUACAUACAGCAUUUGAAGCUUACUAUACUUUACAAUGAUAAUGUAGAUGAUUCGAAAAAGGUUCAAGGAGUUUGCUAAUGGUGAUCAAGUUAUGGUGUAUCUAAGGAAAAAAUGGUUUCCAAGAGGGACUUAUCAUAAAUCUAAAUCCAGGAAUGUGUUCAUUGCAAGGUUGUGAAGAAGAUUAGUUUUAAUUCCUAUUUAGUGGAUUUACUGGACGAUCUUCAAACCAGCCCUAUAUUUAAUGUUGCUGAUUUUUAAUUUUGGUAGUUUUGACAACAAUGGGGAACGAUUUAUGGUUAACUGGGCUGAGAAGGUACCUAAGAGCCAAAGUGGUAAAAGAGAUGCUUGAUAUGGACGAAGUGGAGUCUUGAGGAGAGAUUUCCUAUUGAAGGUUUCUUUUCAAAUCGUUGGGAAACCAUAUACUAAAAGUACUUUGAUAACUAAGAGAAACUGAAGAAGAUUGAUCCAGUCAUCUAAGAUGAAUACAUCCAAAAUUUCACUGUAGUUGAGUCCACCUUGGAGGAAUUGAUUUAGGAGCAUAAAGAAGGUGUUUCACAUUAAUUAGGGGUUACGAUUUUUUGGUAGUUUUUGUUAAAGUUGUAGAUUUGCAGAAUUGAUGUUUAGGUGUAUUAAUGUUAUCUGAGCGCCAUAUAUUGUUUUGGUUACGAGUUGCGUCACAUUUAUGUUACAUUUGGGUAAUUUCCUAUUAAAUUUCUGGACUUAUUCGUGUUAACAUGUAUAAUUAGAAGACAGUUUGUUCUUUUUGAGUUACCUCCACUCCAGUCUUGUAGUCCUUUGUUGUGGAAAACUCAAUUUGCAACUUGAAAGGUUUUGAAUUCUCACAAUCAAGAAAUUUAAGGCAAGGAUGGUAGUCACUCAAACGCAACAAAAUGUGGUCUAGUUUUGCAUCUUACCACUAAUACGAGAAUAAGAUGUAGGAAUUGACAAGGAACAGAAUAGGAAAUGCUCCAGAAGAAACAUAGUAGUUAGGAAUGCUUUUAGUUAUCUAUUUUACUUCUUAUUUUUAAUCGGAGAAAUCUAAUAGGUCUUACGAGUAUCAAUAAUCUAUUGAAAUUUCAGAUUAUUAAUACAGAUUAUAGCAAUUAAAUAGAAAAUAUCUAGGGAAGAUUGUUCCUUAUACUAUUUAGACAAAGCAGACUUUACUUGAA